AUGGACUACAACAGUUCUACAUCGUCUGCUCUUUGGGCGGGCCAAUCGCCGUCUCUCGACAAGUCGAGCCAAAUCCUCAUCCGCGAAUACCCUCACCGCGCGAUCGCAAUCGCCUCGGAAUCCCACGCUCUCAUUCUUCGACAUAGUCAGAGCACAAGCGAAGCCAUUGCCAAUGGCUCUCUCGCCUCCGUUGCCUCCGCUCGUCCACGAUCCGGCAGUUUCGACAACAUGCCUUCCAAGUAUGUUCACGACGAAUUGGAUGCUGCGUCAGUAUACGGCCAACCGCUGGGCCGGAGGGACCCAAUGGAGCAUCCAUGUGUCGAGUUGCAGAAGCUUCUCAGUAACGGGACAUUCUACUACAGCACAGACUUCGACAUUACCAACCGCAUGCAGGACAGACCAGCCGAUGCCGUAACGUUUGAUAUCGACAAUUUCGACGAGUCGUUUCUGUGGAACUCAUACAUGAUCCGUCCGCUUGUGGAAUUCCGCUCCAAGCUGCAGGAACAGGAACGAGAUGCGUUGGAUGCCUCGCGGAUCCUGACGUCCGCGAUUCGAGGCUUUUGUAGAACAUGGGCCAUUCCUCAGGCCUCAGCUCCUUUGAGGGCUGCCAAGACCGGUCUCCCUUCAUACCUGACCAUCAUCUCGCGUCUGUCCUGUAAAAGGGCAGGCACAAGAUUUAACUCACGGGGCAUUGAUGACGAUGGAAAUGUUGCAAAUUUUGUGGAAACUGAGACGACGUACUGGAGCCCUUCAGGCGUUGUGUUCUCAUAUGCUCAAGUACGCGGCUCGGUUCCAGUCUUUUGGGAACAGCAAGCAGGGCUGCUCCCAAACCAGCAGAAGAUAACCAUCACACGAUCACCGGACGGAACGCAACCGGCAUUCAACAAACACUUCUCUGAUCUGGAGCAGGCAUAUGGUGCUGUCCAUGUGAUAAACCUACUCAGCGUGUCGAAGCCAGGAGAGUAUGAAUUGACGUCGUUGUACCGUGCUGGUAUUCGGAACUGCCCCCUUAGCCGGCCAGAGGAGGGACAGUCACGCGAUCAUGCUCUCCUUAGAGCUACCGAGUACGACUUCCAUGCUGAGACAAAGGGACCCCAAGGUUAUGAGGCAGCAAAUGAGAUCAGGCGUUAUCUGGAGGGCUCGGCCGACGGCUUCGCAUAUUACCUGGCCCACGAGGCGGAUGACGGCGAAGAGAGGGCGGGGUCCGAUAGUACAUCUCCGCCUGGCCAAAGCCGCUAUGUGGUCGUGCUACAACAAGAAGGUGUUUUCAGAACAAACUGUCUGGAUUGUCUCGACAGAACGAACCUUAUUCAGACGAUAGUAUCACAAAUGGCGGUAGAGACUUUCUUAGGCCAUCAAGGCGAGGGUGCUGCGUCGGACUUUUGGUCACGACAUGCCAAUCUGUGGGCUGAUAACGGUGAUGCUCUGUCCCGUAUAUAUGCCGGCACCGGUGCUUUGAAGAGUUCCUUCACUCGGUCAGGCAAAAUGUCUCUUGCCGGAGCUAUCGCCGACGUCCGCAAGUCGGCUACCCGACUAUAUGUGAAUAACUUCACGGACAAACAACGACAGAUGACCAUUGAUACACUUCUUGGCAGAAUGAUUGGUCAGGGGCCAGUUCAUCUAUAUGACCCUAUCAGUGAUUACGUGUCUAUGGAACUACAACGGCGAAGCAACGAGUUCUCCACAAAUGAAAAGAUUCGGAUUUUAAUCGGAACUUUCAACCUGAACGGCAAGACCGACGGUAUCGACGAAGACUUGUCGUCUUGGCUUUGUCCCUCCGAACUGGGCAAUGCUCAACCCGAAAUUGUUGCGAUCGGGUUCCAAGAAAUCGUCGAACUUAAUCCGCAGCAGAUUAUGAACAGUGAUCCAACGAGAAAGCAGUUGUGGGAACGUGCGAUAAAGGCUACUCUGGAUCGACACUACAACAGAGCUGAUGAUGAGAAAUACGUGUUGUUGAGAAGUGGCCAGCUCGUGGGUGCCGCAUUGUGCAUUUUCGUCAAGGCCUCUGCUCUCCAAAACAUCAAAAAUGUCGAAGGCAGUGUCAAAAAGACAGGUCUUUCGGGCAUGGCCGGAAACAAAGGAGCUGUUGCGAUCAGGCUUGAUUAUGCAAACACACCGAUAUGCUUCGUGACAGCCCAUCUUGCUGCCGGUUUUACCAACUACGAGGAGCGCAAUAGAGAUUAUACCACCAUCAAUCACGGCCUCCGAUUCCAAAGAAAUAGAGGGAUUGACGAUCAUGACCACCGGCCAGUAUAUGCCGUCUUCGAAUGCACCGUCAACAUUGUGAACGAGAGAAUUCGCAACAAGAUCAGUCGUGAGAUAUAUGAACGCAGGAAAGCAGAUAUUGGCGGCGACAUGACCAACUUGGCUGGGGAUCAGUCCGACGACGAGGAUUUAAUUGGAUACGAUGCCAUCGAGCCUGGCCUCCCCCCAGCCAGCUCCGAUCGACAGAAAUGGUGGUUAGAGAAUGGCAAGAUGCCCCGAUCAGCCAUCCAACCACCAAAACCCGAGAGCCCCGCCUUCCAGACUAUUCUAAAUCCCAAAAGGCCAGCCAACCCUUACAUGCCCACUGACGAACCUGACUGGGUCAAUAUUCCGAGAUCUGAGUCAAGACUUUCCUCCUUCUCGAGUCUCUCAACAUCACCGUUUGAACAUGUCAACCAUUCGAUGCUGCUCUCUACUUCGGCGUCAAAUUCGGCACCGAGAAGACCUCUCCCUCCUCCAUUUGAUCCAUCGAACCUUCCUGCAAAGGUUGGGCGGUUGCAACUCAACGAAGAUGGGAAGAACGGCAAGUCCGAUACUCCUCCACCACCCCCUCCUCCACGAAGGCAGACCGGUAUGGGUGCUCUAGGAUCCACAUCGGGACCUGGCAUGACCACUUCACCAGUGACUAGGAAGCUUGCAAAUACGGCAGCGACAGCAGGAGCAGGACCAACACAAGCAACAGCCACACCACCACUCCCGAUGCGCUCGAUGUCUGUAUCGUCUGAACACACCAUUAAGCAGAAAGCUGCGCCACCGGUAGCCAAGAAACCUGCCCACUUGGCAGCACUAUCAUCACCUGAGUCCAACACCUCGGCACCUGUGCCUAUCGAGGACAUGAUGACACUCAGUAAAUGGAAGCCUCUCCAGCCAGAGUGUUCUCCGAACCCGCCUCUCUCAGGAUUACGAGGAUCCUUGGCCAACGGAAGUUCCACGUCUCUAUCUUCACUCAAAGAUAGAACUGGGGAUAGCAGCGUACCGCUGCAGCCAUCUCGGGGCGUCAAUACAAGCACGGGAGUUGCGCCUCAGGCACGGUACACGCCACCUGGAGGUGUAGGUCUCGUCGGGAUGGCCGAUCUUCGGCAAAAGACACAGGUUCCAGGACGAAAGCCUGUGCCUAUGUCUGCGCUUGCGCCAGGGCCAGCACUUGUUCAGAAGGCGACGAAGCCUGAGGCGCCGCAGCCGCCUCCGCCUAGGAAAUCACAUACUGUCAAUCUUCUGGAUGAUGAUGACAGUAAUGGCAUUCAGAUGGGAGGGUGGCAGGCACUGAAACCUUCAUGAAGGAAGGACCGCACGGGUCCACAGGACUUGAACCGAGGUAAUAGGUUUUUGAAUAAGGAUUAUGUCAGUAGUUUUGAACAGCUUUUGGCUAUAGACAAAGAAGCAUGAGGCGCGCAUACAUUAUAUACGUCAAACACUUCCUAUUGCUA